UGUCAUGACUUCCUCCUCGGGCUGGAGCGGUAUCAGAGCACAGCUGAAGGAAGCCGAUUACUGCUGGUUUCAAAUUGGCUGGGAACAAUACCCGCACCCGCACCCGCACGCACAGGCACACGCAGCCCGCACCCUGGCUCCCGCGUCGCCGCUCCGCGCCGGGGGGGAAGAUGAGCUCAGGGGACGUCGUUUGCACUGGAUGGCUCAUUAAAUCACCCCCCGAGAAGAAACUCAAGAGAUACGCAUGGCGGAAGCGCUGGUUCGUGCUGCGCAGAGGCCGCAUGAGCGGGAACCCAGAUGUGCUGGAGUACUACAGGAACAACCAUUCCAAAAAACCCAUUCGGAUCAUCGACCUCAACGAGUGCGAAGUGCUGAAGCACUCGGGGCCCAACUUCAUCAGGAAAGAAUUUCAGAACAACUUUGUCUUCAUUGUGAGAACCACCUACCGCACCUUCUACCUGGUAGCCAAAACUGAGGAGGAGAUGCAGAUCUGGGUGCACAACAUCAGCCAGAUCUGUAACUUUGGACAUCUAGAAGAUGGCACAGGUUCAGUGGAGAGCCUGUCUCACACGACCUCGUCCCCGCAGCCAUCGCCGGCCGCCUCCACCCACGCCUCCCGCAUCGCAGAUCCCUCCUUCUCGGUCGAUCACGCUGCUGCUGACGCAUCUGCCGCAGAGGAGACCCCCAGCGAGUCGGAGUCGGUCUUCCUCCCUGACUACCUCUUCCUCUCCAACUGCGAGUCGGGCAAGCUCAGCCACAACAGGUGUGACAGCUGGUCGAAUUCGGACAGAUCUCUGGAGCAAACCUCAUCAGACGAUGUUUUUGUCGACUCCUUGCAGUCCCAGCCCUCCUUGUACCUUGUACAGCCGUCCAGCGCUGGUACUGUGCACCAGGAUGGGGCCCCGUUGGCAAACCCCAGCACUGUGUCCAGGACCAUAGACAUUAACGGGCCACCCAGUGACUUUUCCUCCUCUUCUCCACUGCUGGGGACACCGCUGACACCAACCUUUCAGAUCGACAAGAGCCAAAACGUGCUGCCCUACGGUGUAACCCAGCUGGACAUCCUGUCCAACACACCCCCACCGCGGCCGCCCAAGCCAACCCACUUCUCAGACAGGAGAGGGGAUGAGGUGGGCGGUGGGGCCCUCCAGAACGGGCACGCAGGGCUCUGCCGGGCUCAGGUCGCUCUGGUGCCCAGGAGGAUCUCCUUGUCCAGCUUAGACAACGUGAGGAACUGGAAAGCAGACAUGGAAGGCAGUUCCUUAAGAAGUCGGGAUAAGAGGCUUAGCUUGAAUUUGCCCUGUCGGUUCUCCCCGCUCUACUCGACUGCUUCGGACAGCACGGAGGACAGCUACGUGCCCAUGCGCCCCAGCACCUCUCCCUCUGCACCUGGCUCCGACUGUUCACCCGACGGCUACAUCCCCAUGAGCCCCGGCUCAGCCACGUUUACCUUCCCUGUCGUCAGCACUGAAAAACUCACCAGCCCAUUACCUGAGCUUCCCUCAGACCUGGAGCCCCCUCCGGUGAACCGAGACCUCAAGCCUCGUAGGAAAUCACGGCCACCUCCUCUGGACUUGAGGAACCUCUCCACAAUCCGGGAGCAUGCUGCCGUGACCAGGAUGUGGACUGUGCCUUACAAUCGAAUGAGCUUUAUCUCACCAGAAAGAGACGGUAUUAAUUCAGCAAGAAUAUUUGCCAAUUCAGUUUCCGGAGAAGAGGAAGAAAGUUACAUUCAUAUGGAACACAGACAGGCAACAUCUCCAUACAGUGGUGCUUUUCCAUGGACAAGGAAAUCUAACCUUGAUUACUUAGCAUUGGAUUUUAAUUCUGCUUCCCCAUCCCCUGUACAGAAGAAACCUUUUCUCUCUGAGGAGCAGAGAGUGGACUACGUCCAGGUAGAUGAACAGAAGACUCAAGCUUUACAGAACACUAAGCAGGAAUGGACAGAUGAGAGGCAAUCAAAAGUCUAAAGGAAGAAGAUUUGGGAUCUGGAGGAUUAUUUUUUUUGCACUGGAACCACAAUGUUAAUGAAGCAGCUAUCACAGUAGAGUUCAAAGGCAGAGAGAGUUGAAAGGUGCUUACAGUCUCUAGAGGAAUGACAUUUUUAAUAGAAACCUUUGACUUCAGCUGGACAUAGUAUGUUGAAUGAGUGAGUGGUUCACUGAUGAUUAAAGUAAUGCAUUACCCUUUCUACUGCCCUUACCAGUAAGCUACGUGGUACCAUUUUCUGGCAUGAUUCUGUGACGAGUCAUACACACAUGUUAACAAAUCCACUACAUGUUGCAUUAAUCUAGUUAGUCCUGCCUUCUCCCUCUGUUGCAUAAUCCCUAGUUGCUAAAGCUAUUUUUUGAUAUUCCUACCAAUACUGCGGGUGCUCAGAGUGCUUUUAUGGCAGCGAGCAUCUGACAGGUAUUGGUGACUAAUCAACUAAGGGCUAAAAUACUGAAACAAUAAAAAGAACUUUUUGAAUAUAUAGUGCUUAAGCAAAGAGAAUUUUGGAAAAUAUUUUUCCCCUGGGUUUAAAAGGUCUGACUCUGAGCUGAUGCUGUCAGAAACUCAAAACACGACUAUGUACCAAUGGGACUGGAAUGCACCGUCUUUGACCCUCUGGACGACGGUCGUCGUAUUAAGCUUCUUCUCUCCAUUGUGGCUCAUACUUGUCGCCUUUCUGUCUGAUUCCUACUGGUGUUUUCUUCCCUAUCUUGAGGAGUGUCUUCGGCACAGCACAGCACAGCUGCUCCUCUAGCAGGAGGCUGCAGGCACACAGCUCUUGGCUGGCCAAAAAAUAGAACGGGAAGCUGUGAGCCUGUUUCUGCAAGUCUUGGGAGAACUGGCAAAGGAUCAAGAAUGCUUUCAUCUGAACUGCAGAAGAAAUGCUAUUGGAAUUGCUGGUAGCAGUCAUCAAACUGAUUGUUUCACUAGACCCACCCCCCCAAAAAAAAGAGAAUUAGGAAGUGCAGCGUGCUCCGAGAGAGGCUAGCAGGCCUGCCAAAAUAAAACAACAAUGCGCUUACGUGGCGUGAGGACCUCUGGGUUCAGGAAGCUUAUCUACCUUGGGACUUGUUACAGGCACUAUCUCAGGAUCACAUAUGUGUAUAGUUUAUAACAUAUUUAACUUUAAAAGCUUGGCUGCAACCUUUAUUUUAAGGUGGCACACAGCCACUCGAAUCAUGGAAGUAUGCAGUACCGCUGAGUGACCCACACUGGAUUUGAUCUUGCAGGCUUUGCUCAUGCAGGUAAGUCCCACGAGCCGUAAGAGCUCUGAUCCUGUCAGCAAGGACAGCCAGCCAGCACCCUUACGAAAGAUCUCCUCUUUGACAGUGCCAAGUCACUGGCCUCCCUUCGUGUGCCUGUUGCUACCACGCUGUAUUACUGUAAUCUGACAUCCCAAAAAUGCUGGUUUACCAAACAGAGGUCGUAGAAAUGUCAUUGCAGAAACCACUGGCAUUUCAAGGGUCCUACUUAUUGUCCUCCAUGCACCCAUUCUGCUUCAGCCAUUUGGGCACUCUGGGAGGCUGAGAGACGCGGCCGAGUGGCACGUCGUGCUGGGAGAGGCAGCGUGGCUAACAGAAACACCAUUUUUCUCCUACCUCAAGAGAGCUGAAGUGCUUGCAAGUCUCGCUGCUUCUUUAGAGCAAAUACAAAGCUGGGGAUCCGUGGUGACCAGGCUCUUAAUAGCUUACCCUGCAAGAACGACGAGGUUCACCAGCGCCUUUAUUGACUCUGGGGCAAACUGGGCACCCAGGCCUGCGGGCAUAAAGUGUCCUGGACUAGAGCUGCUUGGAAAACUGGGGUUUAUACUGCAGAUAGCUGACCUACUGUUUCCUCCUACUCUGCUCCCCCCCCUCCCCCAAGCUCUAAAAUGCAAGUUAAUGUUCAUAAAAGUUUUGGAAAGAAUUCAGACUUUUCUGUAUAAAUCGUGUCUGUCUGGUGUGAAAUUUAGUUUGUUAAAACCCAGUUGUUUUGUCCUGAAACUGAUUUAGGAGAGCUCUGAGCAACUGUGUCCUGGGUGUGGUAUUGCUACAGGGGAAGUGGUUUUGGGGAGAGGUGGUGGAGAUCUGCGCCUCCACAGAGGUGUUAGAGGGGUAAGCGAGGAAGGGCCACAGUUACAGAGACAUUUGCCUUUCUGCUCAGAAGAAUUGUCUGUCUUUCAAGGUGUACAAAUAAUACAUGUCACGGAAAGCUUUUGGUGUAUGCUGCAGUACUGGAAGAGUUAAAAGACCAGCUAAGACGUGUAUUACAGCAGGGGACAGAAAACAUCCACAAAGGGCAGGUAAAAUUAUGCUAUGCUACUGCAGAUCCCAAAUUGCAGAGUGAUGGCAUGGCAGCCUCCAGUGGGGAUUGCGAUAGCAUACAGAUCAGCUCGUAUUUGACUGGAGUGUUUCUUUUCGUGCUGUCAGAAAAUCUUCCGAAAUGGAAAACCACCAAGUUAUUGGAGACCACUGACGUGCUUGUUAUUCUAGUUUAUUGCAAAAAUAUUUAAACUUCGACAAACCUGGCUAACAGAUCAUUCAGAAGUUUAGAAAAGAAAGAGCUCCUUUGGUAUUUUUUUUCCCCCUAAAAGGACAUAAAUAUAUAGCUUGGCGGGGACCGUCAGAUGAGAAUGGCCCCCUUUCAACUUCUGCGUGUCCCCUGCUUGCCCCCACCGCUCUCAUAUCUCGAUCAAACGCUGCUCGCUGGUUUCUAACUUUCACUUUUUAACUAAAAGCUAAGUUUGGGGGUUUAUUCAGAUUUUUCAUUUAAGGUCUUUUUUUACCCGCUGCUCCGGGGUCCGUGACGUGCAUUCUUGCGUAAGCACAACACGUGAAACGGGAG